AUGGGAUUCUUCCAUGGGAAGACCUCCAAGCAGACCUCGAGGGUUAAGAAGCUUCUCGAGCUCGCCUUGUCGCGCCUCGCCAUUGCACGCCGUCCCCGCCUUGCUCGCAAGUCAAUCUGCCGUAGCGAUGUCGGCCAGCUCCUCUCCCUCGGCUACCUCCACCGUGCUCUCCUUCGCGUACGGACCUACGAUCUCUCUAAACACACAUCAAAUGAAGCGUCGUACUCGUCCAACGCGGGAGCACUAACGAACCAAUGCAACCUUGAUUUCUCCGUGCAGGCAGAGCAGGUCAUAGAGGAAGAUAACAUGCUGCAGUCGUUCGACAUCAUUGAGCUCUAUUGCAAGCGACUCGUUGAGCAUGCCACGCAGUUAGGCAAACCGCAGGAGUGCAGCAAGGAGAUAAGGGAGGCGGCCGCUGGGAUCAUGUUUGCAGCCAGGUGGUGCGGCGAUCUGCCGGAGCUUCAGUUCGCACGCACCAUCCUGGAAGACAAGUUUGGUAGCGACUUGGCUGCGAUUGCAAAGGAGGGAACCGGCAUUGUCGAUCCCAUGUUGGUGUGGAAGUUAUCCGGCGACAAAACAAACAUGGAGCUGAAGAAGAAAGUGGUCAAGGAAAUCGCAACGGAAAACAAUAUCAUGGUGGAGUUCUCCGAGCUCCAGGAAGCAAUCGAGCACGACAGCAUUGGCAGAAGUCCAUGCUAG